AUGGCUAAACCAACUCCGACUCCAAGUCCUAAACCAUCUGUCCAAGGAAGUCAACCUUCUGUUAGGAGCAGAUCGAAUUCUAUGCACAAUGCGGACUAUGAAGAAUUUGCAAGCCUUCAAUUGGAUAAACCAAAUGAAUCAGAAUUAAAGACAAGUGAAGAAAUGAAAAAACACAUGUAUGAUGAUCAUUUUGAAGGCAGACCCAUAGAAAGAGCUAUGCAUAUAUUAACGAAUGUAAAAACCCAUAAUGAUAAUAUUUAUAUUGUAAAGCUAUUGGUCUAA